AUGGCAGGUCCCGAGUACCUGGGCCUCGAUGCCGUAGGAUGGAAUCGCAUGACAUCGACCUGGUGGGAUAAGGUCCUAGCAUUCUGCUUACUAGCCACGAUCGUUCUUGGUUCACUCUUUAUUCUGGGUUACAUUGUGUUAAAGCUCCAUGGAAUUUGGCAGAAACGUCAUCAACUCUCCGAGGUACCAAGUGCCAUUGUACGCUACUUCGAUCAGCUGAAGACUGGAAAGUCUUCUGCACCCUUGUGCGAGAAAUCGGCCAAACGCGACCUCAAAUCUUUCGGUGUGUUCCUGGGGUAUUUCUCGAACCCACCUACUCCAGCGGAGGCACAACUACUUUCGCAAUGGGAUGUUCUUGUCGUCGACCCCCUUCAACCGGGGGUCGCGAAUGCCCUCACCGGCCAUUGCACCUCUCCACAUGUGCUCGGCCGGCUCGAAGUACAAAGCCUGGUGCAAUCGGAUGCGAGUCGCAGCAAUGACGAAGUUAUCCAAGCUCUGACCACGGUGGUGCAGACCCUGACAACGAAAUUCCAGCGCCAACCGGGAUCAACUGCUCCUUUCCACGGAGUGCUCCUAGCCGAGUUCCACGCUCACUUCCAGCCCGUCGUUCUGAACGAGCUCAUCAAGUACAUCAAUGACCUGGGACUAGACGUCUGGCUCGAGCUGGCCCCGCCAGAUUAUCUUGGGGAGAAGCAAUGCCGCGAGAUCAACAUGCAGCAGGUGCGGGGAAUUGUCUAUCGCAACGGAACCAUCCUACCCGAUGGAGACCGACGCAACUACUUCCAGAUGGCGGAGAUGCGGGCUGCGAUGCGUGUGGUGGCGGCGCAAAAGGCUCGGGGAGAUUCGACUCUAGCGAUGUGGGACAGUGUCGAUGAUGGAGUGACAGUGUCGCACCAUGUCAUUGGGCGCACGUUCAAAUGGUGCAACUACAACAGUGCAAUGAUCUACAUCGGGCCUCGGGCAGGAUUGACCAACGCGGAGAUAGCCGUGGCUGAAACCGUUUUGCAUGAACCUCUCGGUGCCAUGAUGUGGCUGAAGCGCGGCGAGGUGCUCGAAGCACAUGACGUGUGGCGCAACAACAACAGAAUCUCCAUCUCCCCCACAUCUUCUGGAUCUUCUGGCAAUGCAUCUCCCCUCUUCGACGCGCUCGAUUCCUUUAUCCCUAAUCUCAACACCAGAUUGUCUCUGCAGCCCCCCUCAACUACCAGUCUUGCUCUUCCAAGUCCUGGUUUGUCCGUCAAUGGUCUCGAAUGCAGGGUUGCGGACGAAAAUCCCCACAUCGAUCCUCUGUCGUUUUCCCCCGAUGGCGUCACCUACAAUGAACUCGGAUGUUUUCAUCUCGGCUUGGAUUGUACCUCAGAAAACAUCACCGAUGUUCUCGAAACCCAGCGCCAUCUGCGAGACUUGGACCUGCUCGAACGCCUCAAGCCGGAACAGCUUCGGGGAUUCGCCGCUUCAAUCCGCACUCUCCAGAAGGCACAGGAUACCUAUCCCGACCUCUCCGAUGCCAUCGCAGCCACUAAAGAGCUUGUUGACCUCCUGAGUGUCAGCAAAGGUGAUGAUAAUGACCGCCUCCGAGUCUACGUUGGGCUGCACUCUGGCUUCCGCACGCGUCUGGGCACUCAGGUCUGGGGUUUGCUGGAUCUCGAUCCCCACAUCGGUAUGCUGAAUCUUUACGUCAACGGCAAGACGCUGGACCGCACUGGAACCAUUUUGCACGCCUAUCUCUCCGGUCGCGGAUUCACCCGCACCCAAUGUCUGAUUAUGGAAAUGGUCUUGGCCGCUGAGAACCAGUCUCUGUCCAAGGAAUGGAAUAUGCCUCAACGGUGGGUCGAAGACAUCGAACAGCUCACACCCGCUGAAAAUCUUGCAUGGCAUCGGCGCUUGGCCGCAUCUGAGGGCAGUGGCUCUUCCAUGCUCUGUGCGAAGCUGCGGGCCUGCAGUGAGUACCAGCUCGUGGACGCGCCUUCUCACGCCCAGCGCCGAGCCUUGACCUCGAGCGCGUAUCUCGAUGAGGAGAUCUCCGCUGCAGAACUCGUCGCCUCUCGGUUGGCAUGGUACCAGGAACAAGGAUGCUGGUCUUUAAAUCCCGAGGUCGCCACAGCACUGUUCCUGGAGAUUGAUGCUCGGCUGCCUGAAGUCUUGGUUGACAACGAGGCGGAUAUCCUAGCAAGGCUUCAGGAUGUGGCGCAGACCACUCUCCAGAAAGGUCAGAUUGAUGCGAGUGCGGACUUCUUCGCCCUUUGUAUCUUCUGCGCCUUCCGUCGCCUGGCAUUGAAUGAGAUCUACUUGGAAGUUCUGGACCGGAAUCCCCUGCCGAAUCAGGAUGCAGUGCAGGCCUCGUGUUUUACCGAGAUGUAUGCCUGUGGUGCGCGCACUGACAUGUACUUCGACACGACCCCUAAGCGACUGGGAAAGAUUAUCUGGAAAUGGUACCGGGCAUAUUAUCACAAGUACCAACCACCCCAGCGGGAGGAAGGCUUCACAGAGCUUCCCACAGCAUACGCUUCCAUGAAUGUCGAUCUUGAUCCCAAAGGCGACCGAAAUAAUAUUCCCUGGCAUUAUAGGUUCACGUUCUUGGGUAUUUUUGCCGUUCCCGCGCUUAUUGAUGUCACAAUGCUCACCACUGUCGGCCGUGGUCUUUACCUUACCACGUACAUGAGCGACGUGGACAAGACGCUGGCCACCACCGCCCUGAUGUGCGCCCUGCUUGUCUGUGGUGGCUUCGGCAGUUGGAUCAGCUCUGGCGGUAGCUACUAUCUCUACGCGAUGGCCUUUCCUGCCAUGAGCAUGUUCGUCCUGACCCGGUUUGUUGCUGGUCUUGCGGUCGCUCUGGUUGGAGGCAUCAUUGCACUUAUCGUUGUAGGUGUGGUCAAAGGGGGCGCAGCUGGAAUUCUGUUCUUCCUAUACUUCGUGAUGCUAUCAACGUAUCUCAUGACUCUUUCCGCGCUCUCAGUCUACCAGCUUCCAGGCUAUUCCUUCCAAUCGGGACGAACUGUGAUUAUGACGUGUAUUCCGAUCCUCUUCAUUUCGCCCAUCGUCACUUUAUGGGUGCAUCGCGAUUCGGUCAUCUAUCUCUGCUUCCUUUUCCUGUUCCUAGGCUCGUUGCUGGUUGGCGCGCGGCGCAUCAUGGGUGAAUGGAACAGCUGGUAUCUCGACAUUCCCACAGUGACCGACACCCAAAUCGUCGAAUGGUACUUGCAAAAAUGCGUCCCCCCUAGCGAGAGUCAGAACGAGAAGGUCAGAGACUUCGGGUCGGAUGCACGCCAGGCCUUAUAUGCUCGCGUCAAGAAAGAGCGACACCGCCACUUCUGGACCCGGAAGACAACCGAUCCGUUUGUCGCAAAGCUCGCUGGCGGCUACUCAGCAACCGUCUUUCUUCUCGGCUGGUACUGCCGCUACUCUCGGACGAAGAUGCCCUUGCCCUACAGCCCAACAUGGAACUUGCAACUGAGAGCUGCAGUCGACACUAUGGGCGAGAUGCAGAAAGGUCUCAAGCUCCAUAGCGCCUUUCUACACUGGCGUCAUACGGGUGCAGACGUCUGGUGUGGUAUCCUGUACUUUGUGGUGGCCCUUUCCGACAAGUGGAGUGCCCUCUUGACGGGCGAAUCCAUCGUGGGAUUGUCCGCAGCAAACAGCGCUACAUAUCGACUCACUGUUGGUUUUGCGCUCGGCUACUACUUGCUAGGUGCAGUCAUUCUUGACGCGGUCUCUCAGCCUCUCUGGAUAUCGGUCACCAAGCGCACGCCCCAGCCCGUCUCUUCGCUUGCUGGUCUUCGUGAGGUGUCCCUCACUGAUGCCAACGCACGUCGGAGGUUGUAUUGGAAGAACCUGAUGAAGUUUUUCUUCCUCCACAUUUGGGGUGUAGCGAUCACGCUGGCCAUCAUGUGGACAUUUGAAACUGCCAAAAUCUCGGUCAUAAUGUUCCUGGCCUAUGUUGGCUGCUACAGUGGUCUUCUCUGGUACCAAUACAACCGGAUCUUCAGCGGACCUCAUGUAGCCCGAGGGCUAGCCAUCAGCGCCCUGAUCGGCUUAGUCGUUGGCAUCAUCCUUCAUGAGGUCCUCCCUGCUUUUCAGUACAGCAGUGUUAUUGGGCUGGGCAGUGGAACGUGGGCCUGCGCAUUCUACACACUCUACAAAGCCGAUAUUGGCUUGUCGCUGUUCAAGAGUUCUCCCGAGGAGAAGAGUGUCGUCAAGAUCAAGGACACUUCAGUCACCCACGGCUUCAGCUCCCUCGAACCUUUCCCUGCCCUGUCGCAGUCCACACUCUCUCAAAUGUUUGACAACAUUACGUUACUCUCGGACGAAUUCCGGUACAAGCUUGACCCAUCGACUCAUCCAGGUGUAGAGGUCAUGCAAAUUCUGCACUCUGAAGACCCCAAAGCCGAUCUUGUCCGGGCUGCAUUCCCCGCUGCAACACAUAUUCUGAACCGCGCAGCACAGCUUUGGGAGAGUGGAGAGACGACAGUGGAGUUAGUCUCGGCUGCCCACUUGAUCCAGCCUGAGCAGAAGGUUCGUGUUGUCUGUCGUCGUACCGGCGAGCGUCUCCAUAUUUAUGUUGUUGUCGGCCCCGAUCUUGUCGGCUAUGACUGGGUCUCGGAUAUCCGACGCAACUGCCAGGCUAUUGCGGAGGCUAUCGUUCAAAUGACUGCCGAGUUCCGCCUUGGUAUGUCUCAUGAUCAUGCAAUGUUUGCUGAGCUUCUGGCUGUACAUGGGCACGCUGGCCACGAAUUGGUCCUUCCCGAAGGUGUCAAGCGUCAGCUCGAGAAUAGUUCCGUGGAACGAACUCGCGUGCUGAACUACUCUUCCAAGACAAUCCUCCGUCACUUGCUGCUUGGCGUUGACUGUGAUAUCGAAUGGGAUCUGUUGCCCCAGUAUGCUCGAUCGUUCCUGCUUCGCAGGUGCUUGGGGGAGCCAUGUCGCGUUUCUUCCCAGCAACUCGAUUGGCUCGAGGCCAGAGCGACUGCUGCAGAAACACUUCGACUUGAGGAGUAUCUUGCUCGCUGGAACCUGGGUGUCACAGUAACAACCUCUGUCAAAAAAUAUGCAAAGACACUGGAGGCCCAACACCGGGGUCUUGAGCAAGAAGGCUUCCUCAGCAACAGAUACGACAGGCCCAUCCGGGACAUCCUCGCAUUGAAUGCGGAAGAGUCGAACGUGGGGAUGGGCGAGGCUUUCCGCAUGUCACUUGCUCGGACGAAGCAAAUCUGGAACGCAUGCAUUAAGUUCAUGGUUAUCGCUUUGGUUGCUGAUCCCGAGUACCAACGAGAGCUUGAUUUCAUGCUUCGAGGACAGCCCCUGUUCUUCGCCUGGCCGGUCACUGUCAUUCUCACUGCUGUGUGGCAAUUCUGUAAGAUGCUGCAGCGCAUCAUCAUUCCACUCGUCCUGGUGCAUGGGCGCGAUAAGGUCUCCACCCUGUAUCGAAACAUGCAAGGUUGGAAGACUGUGAUCUAUCACAAUCGUGUGGAAAUGGAAGGCCUCAGCGGCGUGUCUACGGGCUUCUUCCGGACCGAAUCGGACGGCACGUUCAAACUCUAUCAAUACACCGGAAAGCACGACCAGGAGCCUAGUGACUACAAGAGCCUGGUUGCCAUCAACGAGUACAACGCCAAGCUAUUGCUUCUGGGACGACAAGAGUAUCGUGGUCAGGACCUGAUCAACGAAUUCAAAUAUGAGUAUGCUCAGGACGGAUCUAAGUCACGCUCCAAGUUGCCUAUUCAACGGCAGUGUACCCAAGGCAAACUGGCAGGUCAGAUCGUCCAAUACGACAAGCGUGGAUAUAUCACUUCCGGAUCUGCCAUGCGUGGGGUGAACCCGAUGGAGUUCAAGUUCUACUACCGCAAGGGAGCCAAAUUCGACGACGAACUUCUGCGCGCUGAGUAUGAGUUGCCCCACAUGAAGAUCAAGGUUGCCUGGUGUAUGCCGCCGCCUCAUCGUCCUGAACGGCUGGAUAAGUGGAUCCCAUAUCCUCGCGUGACAGAUGCCACGUACGUUCAAGGCGACGACAAGCAUAGAGCUACAUGGACGUAUGAUCACAAGUUCCACCCUAUAAUUGCUACAACGAUGAACGGGGAGGACGUUGUUACCCCGGCCAUGAUUCACGAGGAUUGGUUCCAUGUUUUGGAGAAACCGACCAGGUGCAGCUUCGUCGACGACAACCCGCUUCUCUCUUUCUCCUCCGUGAAGGUGAACCUCGCCUCGCGUCUGCUCGGAACUAACGUCAAGAAGUAUCCCAUCCCUACCUCUCGCGCUCGUACACAUCUCUGGAAAUCCUGGAAAGCGAGCAAAGAAUUCGAUGCUAUCACCGCGCGUUGGCUGGAUGAGAUCUUGUUGCGUGCUGACCGUGUCCUCAAGCCCUACUGGCGCAACCGUGACUGGGGUCGGCUGGAAGUGGCCGGCGAUUACCUUGAGGCACGGGCCGAUACGGUGCUGGCGCGUGUCGAUAUCGAUCCGGAGAUCAGCUCGUGGACCCCUAUCGCCUUCAAGAUUGCGGAUUUAUCGAGUUUCGGUGUGGGCGGAGAGUCUCGUAUCAACACCCGAACUCUGUCUACGCAGAUGCAGGACACUGACACGGAGCUUCAUGUUCUCGCCAUGGAUACCGGCACAUGGCCCAAUGAGCCAGGCGGUGUGUCCGCCUGUAGGCGAGAUAUGGUGAACGACCUGAAGGGGAUCCGCUGGCACAUUCUUGCCGAAGCCGCCAACGACUUUGGUGUGCCGAGAUUCCAGAUCGAGCGAAACGUGCAGUCCCUGACGGUCUUGCCGCAAUGGGGUCUUGACUUCUUGAACCCGACGCACGGCAUGUUCCAGAACUACCUUGAUUCCGAAGUGGUCCAGAAAAUCCAUGACACCAAGGUUGCGGACAUCGAGCGCAACUUCAUUCCUAUUCUCGCCAGCCUGGUUCGGUGUGCCCGGACCAUCAACAAGACACGUGCACAUGUGGAAGAAGCCACCAAAGCCUUGGUGGAUCUGAACACCUACUUUGAAUCUUCGCGCAACUGGAACGAUGUCUGGAUGAGUGACACCGUCAAGCGCGCCUGGCGCGAGCUCUGGCUGACUGAGGAAAUGGACGGCGCCAUCCCCGUCUCCCAAUGGUGGCACGCCGAAUUGCCGACUCUACAACAGCUUGACACAGCCCUCGACAUGUGGCACCGCUAUCUCUUCAUCUUCUCCGUCCCGGUGCCCGACCGUAUUCCGGACGUGUUCCAAGCAUCGCACCAUUUCACGGGUGCCAACUACGGUGUGCUCUGCAAGGUCAAGCGCAAGUGUGCACUCCAUGUUUGGGAUCACUGCGUCAGUUUCCGUGAGAUGACGACCUUCCUCUCCGCGGCUGUGUCGUUCGACUCAACCUUCGUCAAUUCCACCCUCAUCUCUCUCGGCCAUCUGUCCUGCGUUCUCAUCGAACACCAUGCGGAUGUUGUCCUCCCUUGUGCGGAGUACUUCAACCCCGGAUGGGAGAUCGAGCUGGGAACGUGUGAGGGUGUCUUGGAGCAUCGCCGGGCCUUUGCACGCAAGAUCGAUCCGGUGGUCAACGGUAUCACGAACAUGGAGAGGUACAAGCCCAUCGAGAAGAUCAAGACAGAGACACCCACGGUGGUCAUGUUGUCGCAUAUUCGUUACGUCAAGGAUAUCAAGACGGCCAUCAUGGCCACGGACUUGAUUGUCAACCAAUGGGGCUUCAAGGACUAUCGCCUGCACAUCUACGGAGAUAUGGAGCGUGCGCCAGGCUACGCUUCGGAAUGUCAAGAAGUCAUUGCAUCGAAGUCCCUGCGUGACCACGUCGUGUUGAAGGGUCUGGGCAAGCCAGAUGUGGUGUUACAGGAUGCUUGGCUGUUCAUGAACUCGUCCACCUCGGAAGGUCUACCGCUCGCCAUGGGUGAAGCCGCCCUCACCGGCGCGCCCGUGGUGUGUACCGACGUCGGCGCGUCGUUCUGUGUGGUCGUCAACCGCGAGACCGGCAAGCGAUUCAGCGAGGUCGUUCCCCCGAACGACGCCUUCUCCCUGGCGUCCGCCCAGAUCCGCGUGAUGGCCCUGCUCGGCGAAUGGAGCCAGUUCGCCGGCGACCCGGAGGGCUUUGUGCCCCCGACGCUGGGCCUGCGCCCGUCCCCCGAGGAAGUGCAGGCGAUCUCGCAGCGCAUGUACGCCAAGCAGGAGGAGCGCCGUCAGUUCGGCAUGCAGGGUCGCGACAACGUCCUGGCCAGCUUCUCCAGCCACCGGUACCUCCGCGAACACGAGCAGAUGCUGUGGCUGGGCAAGUACCAGAGUCUCAGCUACUUCGUGCACGGCCCGGCCUCGAUGAGCGGCUCGUCCAGUGGCUUCUUCAAGGAGACCAAGGGCCGCGUGACCGUCGAACAGGUCGGGGAUGCCCUGCUGCCGCCCACGCCCCCGUGGAUGGGCGGUUCCCGGCGGACUCGCGGCAAACGCUUUGAGAGGUUCAGUUCGACUAGCACGCAGUCCCUCGCUUAG